AUGAUUGCUGUGUUAGAACCCUUCUCAGACAACAGCCAGAUCAACAUGUUUAAAAGUAUGCUUGCCAUGGACCAUGCUACUAGUAACAUCAAUGGAAAAAUUUGUCUCUUUCGAAACACAGAUAUUGUUUGCACAGUGUUAGAAACCGAUGAACAACAGGUUACGUGUGAAAUUAGCCACACAGAAAUUCAGGGUACUUAUAUCAAGACUUUCGUGUAUGCUAAAUGUAAAGAUUAUCUCAGGAGGCCUCUCUGGGACAGAUUACUUCAUAUUUCUGAUACUAGAGAUACCAUUCCCUGGUGCACAGUUGGUGACUUUAAUGUCAUAACUGAUAUUGAUGAAAAAUUGGGUGGUAUUCCUUACAAUAUGAGAAAAAGUCUAGAGUUCAUUGGAGUUAUUGAAGCAUGUGGACUUAUGGACUUAGGGUUUAAUGGACCCAAAUUCACUUGGUCUAAUCAAAGAGGCGUCAAUUUCAGAAUUUGGAAGAGAUUGGAUAGGGCUAUGGUUAAUGAUAAGUGGUUGGAGAACAUGCCUCACACUAGCAUUACUCACCUCCCUUCCGUGGGGUCUGAUCACUGUCCAUUACUCCUGGAAAUGAAGGCAAGGCCUGACAACUGCAUCAAAUACUUUAUGUUCCUUAAUUUUUGGGUUGAACAACCGUCAUUUAUAGAGACAAUCACUGCCUGCUGGAACAGACCUGCUGAAGGAAAUCCAAUGUGGACCUUCCAUCAAAAAAUUAAGAGAUUGGCUUGUACUCUUAGUGCUUGGUUGAAGAUGCAAUUUGGUGAUAUUUAUGUUAAAGUUAAGGAGUUUGAGGAAAGAGUCAAGGUAGCAGAAGACAAUCUCCUACAAAGCAACACUGAGAAGCAUAGAGAAGAACUUCAUGGUGAUGAGCAUAUAGCACAUGCUGCAUGUACUCACUUUCAGCAUAUCUUCUCAAGAGAGGGAAAAAUCGUGGAUGAAAUUCCAAUGAACUGUAUUCCAAGAAUGGUCAACCAGGAACUCAAUGAUAGACUGAAAGAACUCCCUACCAUUGAUGAACUUAAAGAGGUUGUUCACUCAAUGAAUCCCAAUUCAGCUGCGGGGCCGGAUGGUAUGAAUGGAUGUUUCUUCCAAAAAUGCUGGAACAUUAUCAAAAAUGACUUGAUGGCUGUAAUUCUUGCUUUUUUCAGUGGCCAAAUGAUCCCUAAAUAUUUUUCACAUGCUUGUCUUGUUCUCCUUCCCAAAGUGAAGAACCCUAACAGACUCAAUGAAUUCAGACCCAUCAGCUUGAGUAACUUCACAACUAAGAUUAUUUCGAAACUGUUAUGUAUUAGAUUAACUCCUAUAUUACCUACCUUGAUUUCUCCAAAUCAAUCAGGCUUUGUCAAAGAUAGGAGCAUAUCAGAGAACAUUAUGUUAGCUCAAGAAAUUAUCCAUCAAAUUAAGAAACCUACUAUUGGAAGUAAUGUCGUGAUUAAGCUUGAGAUGACAAAAGCUUACGAUAGGGUUUCAUGGUCUUAUAUUUGUUUAAUCUUGAGAAAAAUGGGUUUUGAGGAGAUUUUCAUUGACAUGAUUUGGAGAAUUAUGGCCAACAAUUGGUACUCUAUCAUUCUUAAUGGCAGAAGAUAUGGUUUAUUCCACUCAACUAGAGGCCUUAAACAAGGUGAUCCAUUAUCCCCAGCCCUAUUUAUUUUAGGUGCUAAGGUGUUAUCUAGAUCACUAAACAGACUCCAUCAACAUCCUCUAUACCAUGGAUUCUAUAUGGAAAUGAGAGGACCUCAAAUUAACCACUUGAGUUUUGCGGAUGACAUCAUAAUCUUCACUUAUGGAAGGAAGGAUUCUCUCAAACUCAUCAUGCAGACUUUGGCUACAUAUGAAAGGAUCUCUGGUCAACUGAUCAACAAAGCCAAGAGCCGCUUUCUACUCCAUCCUAAUGCCUUCAGAACUACUUGUGAUAGAAUCAAAAGAUACACUGGAUUUCAUCAAAAAGAAGCUCCUAUUACUUAUCUUGGCUGUCAACUCUUUAUUGGAAAGCCCAGACUUACUUAUUUUUCUGAUCUCAUCAACAAGAUUGUGAAUAGAAUCACUGGCUGGCAAUCUAAGAUGCUAAGUUAUGGGGGCAAAUCCACCUUAAUUAAGCAUGUUUUACAAUCCAUGCCUAUUCAUAUUCUUUCGGCCAUUUCCGCCCCUUCUACUAGACUCAAACAGAUCCAAAGUAUCUUGGCUGACUUCUUUUGGGGAUGGAGGGAAGACAAGAAAAAAUAUCAUUGGUCGUCAUGGAAAAACCUUAGCCUUCCCUAUGAUGAAGGGGGAAUUGGAGUAAGGCAAAUGAGUGAUAUUUGUCAAGCUUUCCAAUUCAAACAUUGGUGGAUCUUUAGAACCAAGCAAACUCUUUGGGGAGACUUUCUAAGAGCAAAAUACUGCCAAAGAUCAAAUCCCAAAUGGGAUACGGGAGAGUCCCAAGCCUGGAAGCUGCUUAUGAGGAACAAACAUAGAGUGGAGAAGCAUAUCCAAUGGAAAAUUAGAAAUGGUUCUUCUUCAUUUUGCCAUAGAUUUGACAAUGAAACUAUCGCUGAUUUUACGACAAACGGGCAGUGGAAUGUGGACAAACUGAAUCAAUUUGCUCCUCAGAACCAACUACACAAGAUUCUGUCAACUCAACUACAACUACAACAUACCAGUUCUGACCAGGCUGUUUGGAAUCUCAACGCAAAUGGCCUCUUUACUAUCUCUUCUGCCUGGGAUAUCAUUCGAGAAAAGAGAACAAAAACCAAGUCUAAUUCAUACACUUGGAAUCGAAACAUCCCUUUCAAAUGCUCAUUCUUGUUAUGGAGAACAAUAAGGGGUAAAAUUCCUACCUAUGAGAAGCUGGCCAGCUUUGGCAUUGAACCAAGUGAGCGUUAUUGCUGUCAUUCUCCAGGUGCUGAUACCAUUGAUCACAUUUUUAACUCAGGGAACUUGGCAAAGAAUGUAUGGAAAUUUUUUGCCAUUCCCUUGGGUAUACCCACUGAUUUUCUGCCUCUGAGAAGCAUGAUCAUGAGCCUGUGCAAAUUGCUGGAAAAUUGCAUCCACGACAGCAAGGUUACUGUAGUCCAGUGGAUUAAACCACCAGAAAAAUGGGUUAAAUUGAACACCGAUGGGAGUGCAUUGAAUAACCCAGGCAGCAUAGGAGCGGGUGGUGUUCUCAUAAAUCACAUGGGAGAACUCCUCCUUGCUUUCUCUAUCCCAUUAGGCGAAGGCACCAACAAUCAGGCUGAAAUCGAGGCUGCACUAUUUGGCUGA